AUUGUUAUAUUUUCAGUUUCGUGGUAGUAAAGUGAGACAAUUCGUAAGCAGUUAUUGCACAGACCACGGCUCUGGGACAUACAAAAUAAAAUUAUAAAAAAUGAAUCAAGGCUACAGGAAAACAAUUCAGAAAGACAACCCGCUGGAAAGGGCGAAUAUAUUGUCUGUAUACACAUUCUGGUGGAUGAAAGAUGUGUUUAAGCGUGGAAUGAAAGGGCCCAUCCCGCCUGAUGAAAUUUACAGACCAAAGUCAACGCUUGAAAGUGAAAAGAACACAAACACGUUUAUCGAAAAGUGGUCGGAUGAACUAAAGCUCAACAGCCCGAGUAUAUUGCGGGCAAUUUUUAAAAUUUACGGCGCACCGCUUCUACUUCUGGGAAUAUCGUUCAGCAUUUUGGAGACUGCGAUGAGGGUCUUACAACCUCUGUGUUUGGGGGGCUUAGUUGCAUAUUUCGCAGCAGAUCAAACGCACACAUCGAAGACUGAUGCCUAUUGGUACGCGGGCGGUAUUGUUUUUUCAUCGGCAGUAUCAGUGAUCACGUUCCAUCCAUUCUUUUUGUACAUUGUUGAAACGGGCGCCAAAGCUCGGCUCGCUUGCUCGGGUUUGGUGUAUCGUAAGACGCUAGCUCUGUCCAAAUCUGCCGUUACCGAUGGUUUGAAUGGAAAAGUGAUCAAUCUGAUUGCAAAUGAUGUGCACCGAUUCGAAUUGGCGUUUGCUUUCUUUCACGAUGUCUGGAAAGGACCGCUCGAAGCUGUGUUAUUUGGCUAUUUUAUUUACCAAGAGAUUGGCGUGGCUGGUAUAAUUGGAAUGGGAUUUCUGUUGUCGUUUGUUCCCAUACAAGCCUACAUGGGCAAGAAAACAGCACAGUUGCGUCUGAGAACCGCGAAGCGCACAGACUUCCGGGUUAAAAUUAUGAAUGAAAUCAUUUUGGGAAUUCAGGUGAUUAAAAUGUAUGCCUGGGAGAAAUCGUUUGCCACGAUGGUGGACAAAGUAAGAAGAAAAGAAGUGGAAGCGAUACGCGGCACAGCGUAUAUAAGAGCAACUUUGUUCUCGUUCGGAAUGGUAUCAAGACUAUCAAUAUUCGUCAGUCUGGUGACUUACAUUUUCUUGGGUAAUGCAAUCACGGCGCAAAAGGUCUUUGUUGUCUUCUCGUUUUUCAACAUUCUCAAUCUGUCGAUGGUGUACUUUUGGCCUCUGGCCCUGACUAGUGUCGCAGAAGGGUAUAUAUCAGCAAAACGAAUAGAAGAAUUUCUGCUAACUAGUGAGAAGAAACCGGAAGAACUACAAGAUGAAACGGUCGUUCACGGAAAUUGUAAUCUAGUCGAUGAAGAAGAUGGUAAGAAGUUGCCUCAAGAAAAUGAAGCGUCGCACAAUAUCGAAACAUCCAAUAGAUUGACACCGCAGCGGAUUGUCAAUUUGGAUGCCAAGUUGAAAGGUAUCGUCAUGAAAAAUGUGACCGCAACGUGGAACCGCGGGAACAAACAAGACGCCGGAAUUUAUGAUUUUAAUUUAGAAGUCGAAGAUGGAUCGUUGUGUGCCAUAGCCGGUCCUGUCGGUUCAGGCAAAUCGACAUUACUCAAUGUCAUCAUUGGAGAACUGGAUGUGGAUCGCGGGUACUGUCGAAUUAACGGUUCGAUAAGUUAUGCCUGUCAGGAGACUUGGCUGUUCGAAGGAACCAUCAGAAGUAACAUCAUUUUUAUCGAAGAAUUCGACCAAACGCGAUACAAAGAAGUUGUGCGCGUGUGUGGCUUGGAAAGAGAUUUUAAGCUGAUGCCCAAUGGCGAUAUGACAGUCGUUGGUGAACGAGGUAUUAGUUUAAGUGGCGGCCAAAAAGCUCGAAUAAGCUUAGCUAGAGCUGUGUACAAACAGGCCGAUAUAUACUUGCUAGAUGAUCCACUGUCGGCUGUGGAUUCGCAUGUUGGUAAACAUUUGUUCCAGGAAUGCAUUCAAGCAUUUCUGAAAGGCAAAAUCUGCGUACUGGUGACACAUCAGUUGCAGUAUCUGAAAGAUGUCAAUCAUUUGGUAUUGAUGUACCACGGACGUGUUGAGAGCCAAGGCACCUACGUGGACGUACAGCAACAUUCGGCCGAAUCAUUUCUGACCAUGCAGGCAAUUGAUGAAACUGGUAAUGAGGAAUCGAAUACGAUCCGUCGACGUACAUCCUCCUCAUCGAUGUUAAGCGAGAAUAGCAUUGGUGAGAUUGAAGACCGAGAAGAAUUGCAAGCAGUCGGUGCUGUUCAUUUGAGUGUUUACCAAUCGUAUUUCAACGCUGUGGAAAGUGUAGUCUACUUAGCGUUCAUGGUAGUAAUGUUCUUGAGCAGUCAGAGCCUUGUCAGUGCGGUUGACAUAUACAUUUCCCAAUGGUCGAAUUGGGAAGAAAGAAUGGCGGAUAAUUCAACAAAUAAACCACAAAGUGAAGAUGUUGAUGCAACUCGGCUCAACUACAUUAUCACCUAUGGCAUUUUGAUGGCCGUUGCGACCUAUGUGUACGUUCAUCGAACAUUUGCCUUUUUCUUUAUGUGUCUGCGAGCCUCAAUGAAACUGCAUGAUAAACUGUUUCAAGGGGUCACAAGGGCCGCAAUGGUCUUUUAUAACAACAAUCCGUCUGGACGAAUUUUAAAUCGCUUUUCGAGGGAUAUCAGCAACAUUGACACACUAUUGCCGCCGUCCUUUAUCGAUUGCCUUUCGUUCUUUUUAGAAUUUUUUGCAACGAUAGUCAUUGUGGCGAUUGCCAAUUAUUGGCUGCUGAUCCCGACACUUAUUAUGACCAUUUUCUUCUAUAUCCUUCGUUACAUCUACAUCAGCACAGCUCGAAGUAUCAAACGCGUGGAAUCGUUGACUCUCAGUCCGAUUUACUCUCAUAUCAACAGUACGCUGCAAGGACUAUCAACAGUGCGAGCAUCCAAAGCCCAGCACGUUCUUGAAUCGGAAUUCUAUAUUCAUUCUGACUAUAACACAGGCGCAUCCUAUUUAAAGUUGACGACAAAUCGAGCAUUCGCCUUCUGGCUAGAUGUUGUGUGUGUGUUUUACAUUGGCGUCGUCACAUUUAGCUUUCUAGUCAUUGACAAUAAAAACGUCAGAAGCGGUAACAUUGGUUUGGCUAUACUCAAUUGCAUCAAUUUAAUCGGAAUGUGUCAGUGGGGUAUGCGACAGACGGCCGAAAUCGAAAGCCAAAUGACAUCGGUGGAACGAGUAAUGGAAUAUGCGGAUCUAAAGUCGGAGGCAGCUUUAGAAUCGGAGCCAAAAUAUCAGCCACCGCCGAAUUGGCCAAGCAGCGGUGAAAUCCGAUUUAACGAUCUAAAUUUCAAAUACUCGGAGAACGGUGAUUUUGUGCUAAGGAAUGUAAAUUUGCUGAUCCGGCCGAGAGAGAAAAUUGGCAUUGUUGGCAGAACAGGGGCAGGAAAGAGUUCAAUCGUUCAGGCCAUAUUUAGACUAGCCGAGUUAAAUGGUGAAAUAGUGAUCGAUGGCAUCGCUACUAGCACACUGGGCCUGCACGAUUUGAGAAAGAGAAUUUCAAUUAUUCCACAGGAACCGGUUCUAUUUUCGGGAACACUGCGAUUUAACUUAGAUCCGUUCGAUGAGCAUACAGAUGGGAAAAUAUGGGAUGCACUGGAGCAGGUGGAGCUAAAAUCUUUUGUGUCCUCCUCUCUGAACGGUUUGGAUUGCAGAAUAAUGGACGGCGGAUUGAAUUUCAGCAUGGGUCAACGGCAACUGGUCUGUCUGGCACGCGCUAUUCUGCGAAAUAACAAAAUUUUAAUUUGCGACGAGGCCACAGCGAAUGUGGAUCCUGAAACCGAUAAACUUAUCCAGACCACCAUCCGGAAAAAAUUCUCCGGCUGUUCCGUAUUGACCAUUGCGCAUCGAUUGCAUACGGUCAUGGACAAUGACCGGAUACUGGUUAUUGAUGCCGGCAAUGUAGUGGAAUUCGGUCAUCCGUACGAAUUGCUGCAACGAUCCGAUGGUCACUUGACGAAAUUAGUGAACCAAACAGGGUCAGAGACAUCCGAUGUAUUAAUGAGGAUAGCGGCCGAGAGUUUCUCGACCAAUAGAUCCACAUGAAUCCACAUGAACAGAACAACCUGCCUUUUGUCUUAGCUAAAGAAAAAAUAAAUUUCUUUUGCAAUUGAGGCAUGAAGUCUUCAGUUUGAGAGAUUUCUCUUUGAUGGGGCUUUGCAUCCAUGUUUUCUACGUAAGUGCAACGAAGACCAGAUCAGUGCAUUGUAGAUUAU